GCUGGUUCCUGCUCUUUGUUGCUUGCUGGGUUUGCUCCCACCCCCAAUGCUGCUGCCUUGCCCAGUGCCCUGGUGAUCGGCUUGUUGUAGUUACACAACCAGGGGCUGGGAACAUGGACGACUUUCAGCCUGGGGAAGAGCAGGAAGAGAAUGCCUUUGUUGUUGACGAUAUCAGCACCAUCAUCAAAGAAGCGGUGGAGAGCACAAUUGGAGGGAACGCUUACCAGCACAAUAAGGUCAACCAAUGGACCUCAACCGUGGUGGAGCAAUGUUUGAACCAACUCACCAAGUUAGCCAAACCCUUUAAAUACAUUGUGACCUGCGUUAUAAUGCAAAAGAACGGAGCAGGCUUGCACACCGCUAGUUCGUGCUUCUGGGACAAUUCAGUCGAUGGGAGUUGCACUGUCAGAUGGGAGAACAAGACAAUGUAUUGCAUCAUUAGCAUCUUUGGCCUCGGUGUGUAGAAGCAAAACGCUGGCAAGUGCGAAUGGAUUCUCACCGGGACCCCUUUUUUGAAAAAAAAUGUUAAUUUUUCUUCAACUGUGCUCGACGCAAAUGUGUCGGAAAAUGUGAGCGUUGUACGUGUCUACAUCAAGACACACGUACACAAGAUAUGGUGGGUUUCAGUUACAAGAAUCGCAAGCACGGCCCCCAAAACACAAAAGAAAUUGAAUUAUUCAGUCGCUCGGGAGAUCACUGCACUCUAAGUGAGAUGAAACGGAGUGGAGAGUCAGUUAAAAAUAAAGGGAAUGAAUACUG